UACGCCGGGGUAGAGUCUUCGUCCGGCCGUUUGCCCAGCAGGACCCUCGCUCAUGAUCACAUUAUAGAGAAAAACAUUCUGCUUUCUCCCCCAUCGCCAUGGCCAUGGAGAAGAACCAAGAUUCCAAAGUGAUCAUGGGUCGGUACAGGCUGGGGCAUCUUCUAGGCCGUGGCAGCUUCGCCAAGGUUUACAAGGCCCAUAACAUCUCCACCGGCGAGGUCGUGGCCAUCAAGGUGUUCGACAAGGAGGCCGUGCGACAGUCCGGCACGGUGGAGCAGGUGAAGCGCGAGGUGGACGUGAUGCGGCGGGUGCACCACCCCAACGUCGUCCGCCUCCACGAGGUGAUGGCCACGCGCUCCAGGAUCUACUUCGUCAUGGAGUACGCCAGCGGCGGCGAGCUCUUCGCUCGCCUCGCCCAGAGCACGCGCUUCCCGGAGCCCGUCGCUCGCCGCUACUUUCAGCAGCUGGUCACGGCCGUCGAGUUCUGCCACAGCCGUGGCGUCUACCACCGCGACCUCAAGCCCGAGAACCUCCUCCUCGACGCGGACGGCAACCUUAAGGUCUCCGACUUCGGGCUCAGCGCGCUCGCGGACGCCGCCGCCUCCCGCCAUGGCGGUGACGCCCUCUUGCACACCACGUGCGGCACGCCGUCGUACGUCGCUCCCGAGGUGAUCCUGAAGCGUGGCUAUGACGGCGCAAAGGCGGACGUCUGGUCGUGCGGCGUCAUCCUCUUCGUGCUCCUGGCAGGCCGCCUCCCUUUCCACGACACCAACCUCAUGCUCCUGUACAAGAGGAUCGCACGGAGCGACUACAAGUGCCCCGCAUGGUUCUCCCUCGACGCGCGCAAGCUCCUUGCCCGGCUGCUCGACCCGAACCCCAACACCCGGAUCACCAUCACCAAGCUCAUGGCCCGGACCUGGUUCCGGAAAGACCCCUGCCCCCUCGACGACAAGCCCCUCGACACGAGCGAAACGGCGGUGUUCCUCGGCGAGGAAGCCAGUGGACAUCACGACGACAACCAACCGGAGGGCGCCGCCCGGAAGAGGAAGAGAUCCAAGGUGACCGCGUCGUCGCCAGCCAUCAACGUGAGGCCAUCGAGCAUGAACGCCUUCGACAUCAUCUCGCGCUCCAGCGUGCUUGACCUGGCCAAGAUGUUCGACGCGGAGGACAAGACGUCGGAGGCCCGGUUCUCCACCAAGGAGACCACGACGGCGAUCGUGUCCAAGCUUGGGGAGAUCGCGGAGGCGGGGAGGUUCAGCUUUAAGCUCAACAAGGAGAAGGGGAGAGUGGAGCUGGAGGGGAGCCAGGACGGCCGGAACGGGGCGCUGGCGUUGGAGGCGGAGAUCUUCGAGGUGGCGCCGUCGGUGCACGUGGUGGAGAUGAGGAAGACGGGCGGCGACUCGCUGGAGUUCCACGACUUCUACAAGCAGGAGCUUAAGCCGUCGCUGGGCGAUAUCGUGUGGGCGUGGGAGGGAGGUGACUCGCCGCCACCAACGCUUACGCCGGCGGUGCCUAGGCCAAACACGAAUUCCUGAUUCACCAUCGCGCUUGGCAUUUUCGGCGUGCCAAUCCUUGCGUGACGCUUGUGUAAUUGAUCUGGCCUCUGCCUUGAUCGGACGAUCGCCAUGCCUCUGUCGGGGUUUUUGAAAACGUGAAUCAGCAUAGAAACGGAGUGCGUUUGCUGUGCUGUUCUGUCACCACUAUAGGAACCGCGGAGACACUGGGCCUAAUUAAUCACUAAACAAACAAGGGAGCACAUGUUUUUAACCGGGUUAAUCCCUUUCAAUUUAAACAAACGAAAUAUAGUACAUUAA